AAAAGAAGGGUCAACAUUAAACAUUUACCCGCCAUUUAAAAUAGGUAACAGACUUCAAUUCAAAUGUAUCCCCUUGUGCACAGCGCACAAAUCACAAUCGGAAAAACAUCCCCCAGAUUCCCCUUUCUUGAAAACCCUAAUUCCCAAUGUCAAUCCCUGUGUUUUUACCAAUUUCAAAUUCAAUCGAGUAGGAAAAGACCAAUAGCGAGGGCUUCAGUUGCUGAUCAAAAUCGACAAACAAUGGCGGCAGUUGCUGGUGUUUACAGAAGAUCACUUCCUUCUCCACCUUCCAUUGAAUUUGCUUCAUCGGAAGGAAAGCAACUCUUUUCUGAAGCUCUUCUUGAAGGAAACAUGGAAGGCUUUUUUAAGUUGGUGUCAUAUUACCAGACUCAGUCAGAACCUGCAUACUGUGGGCUGGCUACACUUGCUGUGGUCUUAAAUGCCCUUGCAAUUGACCCUGGAAGAAAGUGGAAAGGUCCAUGGAGAUGGUUUGACGAGACUAUGUUGGAUUGCUGUGAGCCUCUUGAGAAGGUUAAGGUUAGUGGUAUCUCAUUUGGCAAAGUUGCAUGCUUGGCUCAUUGUAAUGGAGCAGAAGUUCAAGCAUUACGUGCUAAUGAAAGUACCAUUGAAAACUUCCGGAAAUAUGUGAUCUCAUGUACUUCUUCUGAAAACUGUCACAUGAUUGUAUCAUACCACAGAAAAUAUCUGAAGCAGACAGGAACUGGUCAUUUCUCUCCAAUUGGUGGCUACCAUGUUGGAAAGGAUAUGGUUCUAAUUUUGGAUGUUGCUCGAUUCAAAUACCCUCCUCAUUGGGUACCUCUUACAAUUCUAUGGGAUGCUAUGAACACAGUUGUUGAAGAUACUGGACUUCAUAGAGGGUUCAUGCUUCUAUCCAGGCUUCAGAGGGCACCAUCAAUGCUUUAUACUCUGAGUUGCCGUCAUCAAGGCUGGGACAAUACUGCUAAGUACUUGUGUAAAACGAUUCCACAACUUCUAUCUUCUGAAGAAAUUAAUAACAUUCUAGAUCUGCUAUCUGUUAUCUUUACGCCAGCUCCUGCAAAUCUGAGUGUUUUUAUCAAUUGGGUUGCUGAAGUUCGAAAACAGGAUGGAAGUAAAGUUGUCAGUGAAGAGGAACGGGGAAGGAUAGCUAUCAAGGAAGAAGUACUGAAGCAAGUGCGCGAGACUGAACUUUUUAAACACAUUACCAGAUGGAUUUUAUCUGGGUCAUCUAGCAUACACAAGGCAAUUUUGGAUGGUCGUGAUUCUUUAGAUAAAAUUGCUUCUGAAGUGUGCUGUCAAGGUGCUCAAGUUUUGUGUGGCAAGGUUAGCUCUUGCAAUGCGACUUGCUGUGAAACAGCGGAAUUGAAAUCCUCAAACAUUGACGAUGUUGAGUCUGUCACUAUAAUCUCUGGUAAAGUGAUUGUGAAAAAUUCUGAGUGUGGAGUAGAAAUGCUGGUCCCAUGCUGUCAAAGGAAGGCUGGUUGUUCGUGUGAGUAUGGUUCAAAUACUUCUAACAGAGAACAUCCAUCAGUAGUUGAUGCUCUAACUGUAUUAAUAUUGGCCCUGCCUCCUGAUACAUGGUCUAAUCUUAAAGAUGCAAGGCUGCGAGAUAAUUUUUGUGGUAUAGUAUCCACCAACAAUCUCCCAGACUUACUUCAGCAGGAGAUACUGCAUUUGCGAAAACAACUUCAUUUCCUCGUGGCUGAUGUCUGUGCUUCUUGGACAUAAUACGUUAACUACUGGUGCCUCUUUUCUUCUUACUUACCCUUUACAGCAGCUGUUUUUUUAAAAAAAAGGAGAGAUUUGAUGAACUUGACCUUUUAAAGUUAUUGAUUGAUAUGUAUUAUCACAGGGAUCAACACAUGGGAAAAUUCUGUGAGGAUUUAGAGAGAUGACGGAAAUUGAAAAACCACAGCGUUUGUCAAAUUAAUAAUCAUUGUCUGUGUUUA